UGCAAGUUUCAAUAGAUAACUUGAGCUCUGUACGAAAAGGUACGCGCUACCAACAUUUUCGCUUGUUGAACUUUAUAGUUGAAUGUUGUGCACCCUUGCAGGAACGUGGCGCCGGAUCUAAACUUUUCAAUAAAAACGUGAUAGUUCCGUGGACUUUUGUAAAUAAAAAAUACCUAUAACGACGUCUGUGAUAAAACUGUGUUGAAACAGCUUUAAAUUUGGGCUAUUAAACUGUAAUAGGGACCAAGUUUCUUCACACUCCAUGAUGUGUGUGGUUUACCCGUGAUUUUUGCGAUCCUGGAUCUGAAGAAAGAACUGAAGAAGAAGAUAAGAUAUAGGAAAAUUCGAAGUGUAUAUUUUUAUAGACAUUAUCAUUUCGACGUCCCCUGACACCGUGUUCAGUGCCUUUAAGAACUUUUAAUCAGACUGUUCCAAGUGCUUUGAACGUGAAGAAGACAGGAAGAAAUCAAGAUGAGUUUUAAUAAGAAUAAUCCGAACCCCAUGGGGAAGAUCAUGGGCUACCUCAAACAGCUGUCUACUGAAAUGGGUGGAAGCGAACAGGCCCGUCGCGGGCAAAGUGACGAGGAGCGAUUGUACAGGCAACGGGGACCCAAAUACGCCAGGGUUCCUUCUAGAGCGACCCUCUCCGCCUCGACCACAUGCACCUCCCUAGCCACUUCGUGCGGAUCACAAGGGACACUCGCACCUAACUACGCGGCCAUCCCUGAGCAGGUUUCUACAGAAAGCAGCAGCGAAGACGAACAGGACUCCUUCAACAAGACCCGCAGGCACUUCCAGCAGCUGCGCCAGAUCAGCCUCGGCAACGAGUUCAAAUACAAGAUGGAGAUGGAAAUAAAGAGUGAAGGAAGGAAGGAUGAGAACCUCCGCAAUUCGGUGCCGUUUGUGAAACAGCUGAGCCUUGACAGUAAUAAGGCGAAACCUGAAUUCAGCAUCAAUGGAGACACCCCUCCGUAUGCGCCGACCACUCAGCGCAUAUAUCUGUGGACUCAGCUGGUUGCUGCGUUUGCUGUGUCAAUGGGCUCUCUGAUUGUCGGUUUUUCAUCAGGCUACACUUCACCCGCUUUUGACUCCAUGAAUAAGACAUUGUCAAUUGACGAGACCCAGAAAAGCUGGAUAGGUGGUCUCAUGCCCUUAGCUGCUCUGGUUGGCGGCAUCGCCGGUGGUCCUAUGAUCGAAAUGCUAGGCAGAAGAUUAACCAUAAUGGCAACUGCCAUUCCCUUCUUCCUUGGCUGGAUGCUCAUCGCGAACGCAAUUAACGUGCCUAUGGUGUUCGCCGGCCGGGUACUAUGUGGCGUGUGCGUUGGAGUCUCCUCCCUUGCCUUUCCCGUCUACCUAGGAGAAACCAUACAACCGGAAGUGAGAGGUGCCCUCGGAUUACUCCCGACUGCCUUCGGUAACACGGGAAUUCUCCUCGCGUACCUCGCUGGAGCGUACCUGACUUGGGACAUGCUGGCAUUCCUCGGAGCUGCGCUUCCAGUACCAUUCUUUUUACUAAUGAUUUUGAUACCGGAAACACCUCGCUGGUACGUUAUCAAAGGACGACCAGAGGAUGCUCACAAAGCCCUUCAGUGGUUAAGAGGAAAGAAUAUUAACAUUGACAAGGAAAUGAGAGACCUGACCCGGACGCAAGUGGAAUCAGACCGGGCCGGCGGCAGCGGCUUGAGCUUGCUAUUCACCAAGAAAUAUUUGCCUGCAGUUUGCAUCUCGUUAGGAUUGAUGCUGUUCCAACAAUUCAGUGGAAUAAACGCCGUGGUGUUCUAUGCCUCAGAUAUCUUCAAGAAAUCCGGCAGUACCAUAGACAAAAACUUGGCGUCUAUUAUAAUUGGCAUUGUAAAUUUCAUAUCCACUUUCAUAGCCACAGCUAUUAUUGAUAGACUGGGCAGGAAAAUACUACUGUAUAUCUCAUCAGUGUCUAUGAUUAUCACGUUGGUGGCCUUGGGAGGUUAUUUCUACGUGUUGGAAUCCGGAGCCGACGUGUCCUCGAUUGGAUGGCUGCCUCUCACGAGUCUCGUUAUAUACGUGCUCGGAUUUUCAGUAGGUUUCGGACCCAUUCCAUGGCUUAUGCUAGGCGAGAUCUUGCCAUCAAAGAUCCGAGGAAUGGCUGCUUCUACAGCGACAUCAUUCAACUGGACCUGCACAUUUAUUGUCACCACGUCAUUUAAAAGUAUUGACGCAGCCAUCAACAUGUCUGGCACGGUGUGGUUAUUCGCCGUCAUUUGUAUCGCUGGCUUAUUCUUUGUAAUAUUCUUCGUACCCGAAACACAAGGCAAGAGCUUAGAGGAGAUUGAGAAGAAAUUGACAGGUGGUUCGCGCAUAAAAAUACGUAGCGCUAAUGCCACCAGACACAUUAAGAAUGAUUGUUAACAAGAGAUUACUUUGUGUGGUUGAUAUGUGAAUACUUUCCAUAGUGCGUGAGGCACGAAGGCUGUGUGGCAAGUCCACGAGAGUUGCAAUAGGAUGCACCGCGCUACCUACGUUCGGUGUAUUUAUUGAAGAGACUGAUUUGGAUUGUAGCCAUUUAAAUCUCAUUUACUUAAUUUAAGUAAAUUGAUGUGUAAAUUGUCCAUAAAAGUUCCUUUAGGGUAAGGAUUGUAUUAUGAUCUGUGAACUUUAAGACCAUAUAUUGAUCAUGACAAAACAUAUUUUUUUAGAUACCAAAUGUUUAUUUGUAAGUAAAUCUUUAAAUUAAUUAGAGUCGGGCCAAGCUCACUCUGCAUGGCAUUUGCAAUGACAAAGUGU